AUGCGGCUGCCCGCGCCGCUCCGCUGCACGGCGCUGGGGGCUGCGCGCCCGCCGCGGCGGCACCGGGCGGCGGCGGCGGCCGGGGGGGGCAGGCGCGGCUCCGCCGGCGGGCGGCUCGGCGGCAUCAUGGCCGAGGAGGCCAAGCGGCUGGCCGCCUGGGCGGCCGUGGACAAGCACGUCCAGAACAAUCAAAUUCUUGGCAUCGGAAGCGGUUCCACAAUUGUCCAUGCAGUGCAUCGAUUAGCUGAGCGGGUUAAACAAGAGAACCUCACAAUUGUCUGCAUCCCUACAUCUUUUCAGGCCCGUCAGCUGAUCCUGCAGAAUGGCUUAACACUAAGUGACUUGGACCGACAUCCAGAGCUUGACGUUGCCAUUGAUGGAGCGGACGAAGUGGACUGUGACCUCAACCUUAUCAAAGGUGGCGGUGGUUGCUUGACACAGGAGAAGAUAGUUGCAGGAUACGCAAAAUGCUUCAUUGUUAUUGCUGAUUACAGGAAAAAAUCAAAGAACCUUGGGGAGCAGUGGAAGAAGGGAAUUCCUAUUGAAGUCAUCCCCAUGGCUUAUGUCCCCGUCACUAGAACCCUCACCAAAAACUUUGGAGGUGCCGCAGAGCUGCGGAUGGCUGUUAGCAAAGCGGGCCCCGUGGUGACGGACAAUGGGAACUUCAUCCUGGACUGGAAGUUUGACAAGGCUCACAAAUGGAGUGAAGUGAACACAGCUAUAAAAAUGAUACCAGGUGUGGUGGAGACGGGCCUCUUCAUCGACAUGGCAGAGGUGGCUUACUUCGGCAUGGAGGACGGCUCGGUCAGCGUGCGGGAGAAGCGGCCUCGCUGACGCCGGCGCGCUGUCCGCUCUGCUUCGCCUUCAGCCGGUUUGAUUCAGCUGUCGUAACGGUGCCAACCUGAUGUUUUGCCUUAACGAGCAGCGGUUAUUGUGGAAGACUAAUGAAGAGUUGAUCAGAAUCCGCUGACAUGAUACUGAAUGUCUUUUUUUAAAAAACAAAAAGAUUAUAUUCUAUCUAUAUUUUUACUUUACAGGAAUGUUAUCUUUUUUUAAAAAAGAAUCAUUUAAACAAAUUGCUUUAAAUUUUUUUUUAUUUUCUAAGAAAUAUUUACCAAAAAAAGACACUUCUUAUUUUGUGUUUUUGUUUGUUUUUAUUUGUUUUUUAAACAGAACUUGAACCCUUCUGGUUGCUCUUGGUGUUUAGUGGUUGAGGUCAGAAUUACAAUCCUAAUGCGUUAGUCUGAAUCACUUGGCUAGGAGGGUGACGUAUGUAACGGGAGCAUAUUCAGUUGGGACCUGCUGAUGCCUUAUUUGGAACCUUUUCGGUUCGGCAUUUUAUGCCUUUUAUUUUUCUACACCACUGUUUGUAAUAGUUCAGGGUGUCUAAUUAUCCUCUCUGUGCAUAUGACAAGUCUCUGAGCCUGGGGAUGUUGUAGUCUCUACAUCCCUCUUGUCUGGGGGAUAAACAUUAUAAAGGUCUUUUUCUGGGCCUCUCUGGAGGAGACAUUCAUCCUUUGGGCCAAAUUCUGCUCUCAUACAACUGUGGUGAUCCAUUACCUCUGAUUAAAGUCUGUUCCAAUAUAUGGAGAUGUUCUGGACUUCAUCCUUGUAAAAAGAGCAGAACUGGGUCCUUGAUGAAGUUUACAGAAGCAUAUUUGAGCAAUUUAGCACAAUGUGAAAUACUGUUCAGUGGCAAAUUGUUUUGUUUGGAAUGAAGGUUAGUUAGCACCUCUCACAGCUGGUUGAUUUGUGGAAGGAUAGAGCAGAAUGCAAAGGGAAACUGAGUCUUCCUGCUGGGAUUUACCACGUGUGGCAGGAGAGAGACGUAUUCAAUGUAUUGUUUUUUUGCGUAUAGGUGCUUUGCAUGGUUCUGGUGUCAAAAUGCAAGCCCUUACUUUGUGUUACAGGCACUGAAAUAAAGAGCUGUUGCAUCACA